AUGCGCAGUGUGGCUAUAGCUCAGCCUUCUGACAUGCCGACGGUCAGUGUGAAGCGGGAGCUGCUCUUCCAGGCGCUGGGCAGGCGCUAUACUGAUGAAGAAGUUGAUGAACUUUGCUUUGAGUUUGGUCUGGAGCUUGAUGAAAUUACGUCUGAGAAGGACAUAAUAAGCAAAGAACAAGGUGAUGGAAAGGCAGAGGGUGCAUCAGAUAUCAUUCUCUAUAAAAUCGAUGUUCCUGCUAACCGAUAUGAUCUUCUUUGUCUGGAAGGAUUGGUCCGAGGGCUUCAGGUCUUUAAAGAAAGGAUAAAGGCCCCUAGAUACAAAAGGAUUAUGCCAGCGAAUAGUGACGUUCAAAGGCUGAUUAUUACUGAAGAGACUGCCCAAGUUCGUCCUCAUGCUGUAGCUGCGGUCCUUCGUAACAUAACUUUUUCCAAGGAUCGCUAUGAUAGUUUCAUUGACCUACAAGAAAAACUACAUCAGAACAUCUGCAGGAAAAGAGCGUUAGUAGCGAUUGGUACCCAUGACCUGGACACAAUCUCUGGUCCAUUUACUUAUACAGCUAGACCUCCUUCAGAAAUUAGAUUCAAGCCCCUGAAUCAGUCCAAGGAGUAUACUGCUUCUGAAAUUAUGGAUCUAUAUAGGACUGACAGCCAACUUAAGCAUUAUUUACACAUAAUUGAAAACAAACCACUUUAUCCAGUUAUCUACGAUAGCAACGGUGUCGUUCUUUCAAUGCCACCAAUCAUCAAUGGAGACCAUACAAAAAUAAGCCUAAAUACCAGAAAUGUGUUUGUUGAAUGCACAGCCACUGAUAUUACAAAGGCAAAAAUUGUCCUCGAUAUCUUAGUCACGAUGUUUAGUGAAUAUUGUGAGAAGCAAUUCACUGUUGAAGCAGCAGAAGUAACUUAUCAUAAUGGAAAAACCUGCAUCUAUCCAGAACUGGCUUACCGAAGAGAAAAAGUGAAACCUGAUUUAAUGAACAAGAAAAUUGGAAUCAGUGAAACGCCAUCAAGUCUUGCAAAGCUGCUGACCAGGAUGUGUUUGAAGUCACAUGUCACAGGGAAUGGGAACAGUAUAGAAAUUGAAAUCCCUCCUACCAGAGCGGACAUUAUCCAUGCAUGUGAUAUCAUAGAAGAUGCAGCAAUAGCUUAUGGUUAUAACAACAUUCAGAUGACUAUUCCAAAAACAUACACCAUAGCCAAUCAAUUUCCUCUCAAUAAGCUCACAGAACUUCUGAGACAGGACUUGGCAGCUGCUGGAUUCACUGAAGCACUCACUUUUGCACUGUGUUCCCAAGAAGAUAUUGCUGAUAAACUUGGUGUGGACAUCUCUUCAACGAAAGCAGUACACAUAGCUAAUCCCAAAACAGCAGAAUUUCAGGUGGCACGCACCAGCCUCUUGCCUGGCCUCCUGAAGACCAUUGCUGCUAAUAGAAAGAUGCCUUUGCCUCUGAAACUUUUUGAAAUCUCUGACAUUGUUGUAAAAGAUUCCACCAAAGAUGUAGGUGCAAGGAACCAGAGGAAUCUCUGUGCCAUUUACUACAACAAGAACCCCGGGUUUGAGGUCAUCCAUGGGUUGCUGGAUAGAGUCAUGCAGCUGCUGGCUGUGCCACCAAGCAAAGAGAGUGGAUAUCUAAUCAAGGCAGCUGAAGACUCUGCUUUCUUCCCUGGCCGCUGUGCUGAGAUCCUUGCCAAAGGUCAAAGUAUUGGGAAGCUUGGAGUCCUUCACCCUGAUGUUAUCACCAAAUUUGAGCUCACCAUGCCAUGCUCUGCCCUAGAGAUCAAUAUUGAGCCCUUCUUGUGAAGACAAGACUAUGUUAUAUCACCGCCAAACAUCCACUUCACAUGCAACCAUGCCCUUUAGUCUCUCUCUGCAGAGAACAUCCACUUAUACUUCAAUGUUCUAAUAAA